AGCGUUGAGUGGCGGUCAGUCUUCACGAUCGUAUCGUAUCGUACCGUGUCGUGCUGACUGCUGGAUGACUUGGGAUCCGGAGUUUGCACGGGGAAAUUUGUCCGCCGAGAGAGCAGAGCAGCUGGAGUAAGCAGACACGUCCCCAAGUAUGUAGGUCCCUAGAGUACGCAGCCCAGAGUACCUAAAGCACCUAAAGCACCUAGAGCACAUGAAGAAAAAACCAACAAAAAAAAACCACGAAAUCAAACAACGGUUCUCCAUCUUUCGCCUCGCCUCCUGGCAGUCAGUUCGCCUCCACAUGUCGGUCGGCCAAUGCAGUCCUGCGGAUUAUUCCGCGUUAGUUACUAGCUUCCCCCUCCCUCACUCCCGGAGACACCGUUUCGUCCUGCUUUGCCCCAUGUUGAUGUUGAUCGGAAAAGGAAAGAAAAACACCGCCAUGCUUUCCCCCUCCCGGACUCGACGACGACUGGGCGACGAUGAUCGGCAUUCAUCCACACAUAUAAAAGUGUGUGGUGGGAAACGAGCAGGAACGCAGGAGCAGGACGGUAGGAAGGCACGAGAUAGAGAUGGAGAUGGAGAUGGACUCCUGAGGAGGAGAUGUAGGAGUCUUCACCGUAUCCACCGUGAUAGCGCCACCUGGUGCCCGGGCACGGAGCAGUGAGCACUCGGCGGAUUCCCACGGUAGAGUAUCAUAUACUUCCCAUACUUCCCAUACUUCCCAUACUUCCCAUACUUCCCAUACUUCC